GGAGACACGUGCUGCUGGAUCUGUGACAGCUGCGAGCCGUACGAGUACAUGAAGGACCAGUACACCUGCGAAGACUGCGGUCCCGGUCGUUGGCCCUUCGAGGACAAGCUCUCCUGCUACGACCUGGAGGUGCAGUACAUGAGGUGGACCUCGCCGCUGGCCAUCGGACCCAUCGUCAUCGCAGUGGUCGGUAUCCUGUUGACGCUGCUGGUGAUCGCGCUGUUCCUGCGUCACGACGACACGCCGAUCGUGAAGGCGUCGGGUCGCGAGCUGAGCUACAUGCUGCUGGCCGGCAUCCUCAUCUGCUACCUCAACACCUUCCUGCUGCUGACGAAGCCGAGUCCGGCCGCCUGCGCCCUGCAGCGGGUCGGCAUCGGCCUCGGCUUCUCCUUCAUCUACGGCGCCCUCUUCACCAAGACCAACCGCAUCUCGCGCAUCUUCUACUCGGCGUCGCGGUCGGCCAAGCGGCCGAGCUGCAUCAGCCCCAAGUCGCAGAUAGUGAUCGCCACGCUGCUCAUCUGUGUGCAGCUGUUCGGCACGGUGGCCUGGCUGAUUGUGGAGCCUCCCGGCGUGCGAUUCUACUAUCCCGACCGCAGCGAGGUCAUACUGAAGUGCAGAAUCAAGGACUCGUCCUUCCUCGUCUCGCUCGUCUACAACAUGGUGCUGAUCGUGGUGUGCACGGUGUACGCCGUGAAGGCGCGCAAGGUGCCCGAGAACUUCAACGAGACCAAGUUCAUCGCCUUCACCAUGUACACCACCUGCAUCAUCUGGCUGGCGUUCGUGCCCAUCUACUUCGGCACAGGCAACUCGUUCGAGGUGCAGAUCACCACUCUGUGCGUGGCGAUAAGCCUGUCGGCCUCGGUGGCGCUCAUCUGUCUGUACGCGCCCAAAGUCUACAUCAUCGUCUUCCACCCCGAGAAGAACGUGCGGAAGCUGACGAUGAACAGCGCUGCUUACCGGCGCGCUCUAUCCAGUUCUGCGGCUCCCUCCAUCAACCACGCGCUGGCGAUGUCAGACAUCGUGAAGCUGCAAGUGACGUCGGCCGGCGGCGGCUCGCAGGGCACCACCACCACCGUGGUGCCGGAGGACGGCGGCAACCACAGCCCGCGGCCACACAACACGGCAGUCUUAUGAGAGCAGGCCCGGCCGGCCGUCGGCACCGUUGCUGCCGACGCCGCCUGCCGCCCGCCGCCGCCGCGUUCCGUCCACAUCGUGGACAACCCGCUGUCGAUGGAGACGUCCACCCCUCCACUGUCAAACGACCGUCGGCCCGGGCGGCGCGAGUCCAGCCCCAGCCCGGCCGGGCUCUCUCAGAAGGAGAAGCAGCUCGAGGCUGCAUCGACGGCAUGCGCCGAGGGCGGCCCGCUACCGGACGACCCACUACCGGACGGCCCACCCAGCUACGCCUCAGUUGUGGGCCCACCACGA